AUGGCGCCUGUCAUGAAUAGCACCUCCGAGGUGGAGAAGUAUCUAAAAUCUCUCAAGGGGAAAUCCGUAGAUGCCUCAAUUGACAGCCUUAUAUCCCUGUUCAAACGACGCCAAAUUGCAGGAUCCGAACCCUGUGCCAUGGCAACGGCCCACAUCCUUCUCCAAGUGGUCGCGAAGACCAAGUUCCGCGAUGUCGAUCAUAUGCUCGAGACGGUCCGGCAAGUCGGCUGCAAGCUGGUCGCUGCGCAGCCUAAGGAGCUGGUGGUGGCCAACAUUGUCAGGAGAGUGCUGGGACUGAUCCGAGACGAGGCCUCUGAGCAGAGGAACGAAGGGACGGACGACGAUGCCUCCCCAGAGGAGCCAUUCCCGCCGGCAGCAGAUGCGCCCGAACCGUCCGAGGCCCCUUCGACGAAAUAUGACGGAAGUACGGACUAUCUCCACAGUGGGCCUAGGCAUGUCAGGUUGGGCGCACUAAUGUCCGUGGGGUCUUUCCCGGCCUCGAAGACGCUCCUGUCCUUGCUGGAGGCAUCGCCUCCCGGACACCCGAGCCUUUCGCCAUUGGCCAAGGAUUCGGGCACGUCGACGCCUAGGCUGGGGCAUCAGAACGCGCGGAUCAGCGCCAUCAGGGCGGAGAUUAUAGAUGGGAUUGAGGAGAUCAAGGACGAAAUCAGCCAGGUUGACGAUCAGAUCGCGUCGUCGGCCGACGUGCAGAUCCGUCCGCUCGACUACGUGCUGGUCUAUCAGCCGUCGCAUACGGUUCAGAAGUUCCUGUUGCGGGCGGCGACUAAGAGGAGAUUCACAGUGGUCAUUGCGGUCGAUCCGCGGCUCGCUUCGUCGCCCAGGGAGGUGCCCGGGGAGGUGCCCUUCGCGUCGUUCCGGAAGAAGCUGCAGGCGGCAGGCGUUGCUUCGAUGAACAUCAUGAAUAUUGGACAGGCCGCGCACAUGCCGCGCAUCAGCAAGGUGGUCUUGAGUGCCCGGUGCGUCCUCGCUAAUGGCGGUGUCGUCACGGACGCGGGGGCCGGACACGUCGCACGCGCCGCGAAGGAGAAAGGCUGCCCUGUCAUUGUCCUCAGCGGCGUAUAUGAGCUUUCGCCGGAGAGCUCGAUGGAAGAGGACGAACUAGUGGAAUGGGGAGGCGCCAUGGGUCACGCGGGCUUCUCGGAUGGCUUGUUCGUCAAGGGAGCUCAGUUACAGGGUGCCGUGACGGAGCUUAUACAGCCGGAGCUUGUCGAUUCAUACAUCACGAAUCUCGGUAUCCACUCCCGAAACCACCUCACGACGAUCGUGGCGGAUCACUACAAGGCAGAAGAUGUUGAUUUUCAGCUCUGGGGCGAUGCGGAGAGGUGA